CACACAGCUUCUGAACUUUCCUGGAAAUGAUCAUAUUGCCUUGUCUUAAGUGUAUCUAAUAUAAAUUCGGUUCAAAGCGAACGAUACUCAAAAUACCUAGAAUUUUAGAGAACUGUAGGGAGCCACCUUAAGGAGUCCAAGAUGGCGUCGAUGUGGAUGAGAAAAAUUCGGUAUGUUUAUUGUAUUGAGAAAUUUACUGCUUUAUCCUAGAGAAAAACUGAUUAUGCUGUUAGGUUAUAUUAAUACAACUGUACGACUUUUAUUUAGUCCUUUGUGCAGAGUAUCAUGUCUUUCACCCUCCGUGAGGACUACAACACUUCUUUCAAAAUGGUGAGUUGAGUGCACGACUUCUUCAAAGUUCUUUAAUAACUAACUGAUAGUUUCAACAUAUUCAUAAUUAUUGUUUUCGCCCAAUAAAAUGUGAAUUUUAUAUCAAAUUAUGUCUAAUACAUACUGUACGUACGGGAUACCUUUUUAUAUAUUUGACAAAAUAUUAUUGUAUGCAGUCGGUUUGUCAACGUGCAAGACAGCACGUUUCAUGGUUUGGUGAAAAAUUUUAUUUUAUUUUGUAUACAAUUUAAAAAUUUCAAUUUAUAUAAUUUUGAGGUACAUUUUUCAUUAUAAUAUGGUCAAUGUUUACUAAUUCCCAGGCUAAUUCUUUAAUUAUUACUUACCUAGGGGCCACAUCCAUAUUCAUGUUGCCACAAAUACAAAUGUUGAAUCGACGUUAUUACUUCACCCUCUCCAGAUAACGUCGAUUGAUAUUCAGUCAUAUUGUGACUUUCGUAUUUAUAAUACAAAAGCAGUACUGUGAUAGUUACGUCAACUGGACAUUAAUUGUCAAAUUGCUAUGAGAUAACGUCGAUAAGUUCGCAUAAAAACCCACCCAACACUCAUAACGUUGAUUCAACAUUAUUUGUGGCAACAUGAAUAUGGAUGUAUCCCUAAAAUGACAGUCAAGCCUGACUGGGGAAUUUUUAUGUUUCAAAAUGUUUCAAAAAUUUAGGCGUAAAUAUAUAUAUAGAAAACAUCAUCCACAGUGGCAGUCAAGUGUGUUCUUAUCAUGCACAAGUUUUGUUUACAAAAUGUAUUUUUGAUCAUUGACAAUACCUUAAAGUUUCUCUAUUGCUAUCCUGAAAUAAUGUCACAAAGAUUGGGGUUAAGAUUUGGGUUAGGGUAAUUAUCCAAUUGGUUAACAAAGUUGAUGACAUAUAUAUACAACCACCAUUUUCUUGGUAACAAGUUUAAUUUAUGGCUUAAAGUUAAUGCAUUUUUACUUAUAAGUUAAUUCAUUGAUGAACAUCAACGAAAUAUAGAUUUGAACAAAUCAUAUGUACAGUACUGAUAUCAUUUUAAUUACAUAGAUAUGCUACAGUAGACCUAUAUUCCAUCCUUAGGGUUGACACCACAUAAUAUCACAGUAACAGUUCAAUAAACUUGGUUCCAGCCAGAUCUUUUUUCUAGACCCACUUCAGGCUGGUACUUUUGGCACAGUACCAUAAAAAAUCUGAACUCGACAUGUUUGUGUAAUCUUAAUACAUUAUAUUGUAUUGUCUGUGCAGCUCACCAGUGGUUGGAGUUUUAAGCCAGAGAAAUGCUUCAGAAAGUUUUGUGGCCAAAAAUGAAAGGCUGGGAAGGCCAACAUCACCUCAUAUGUUGAUAUACAAGUAAGUGUCAAAUUCUUUGGUAAUUUUCAAGAUCUUUCACUAUAAAUUUGAAAUGAAACUGCAUUUAUAUGCAAGUUGAUGAGUGCAGUGGUAAAAAUAUUUUCAUCAGGGGCCGGUUGUAUAAAAAAGUGAUUAAAAUUAACUAUAAUUAAGUGCAAACGUCAUCCAAUAAGAAGCGCGUGUUUGAGAGUUAAUCACUAUUUAACUACGGUACAAAAUAGUGAUUAAAAAAGUGAUUAAGAGUUUUAUACAACCGGCCCCAGGUGAAAGAUGAAAUCUUCCAUUUAACAAUGCAGCCAAAUUGAAUGGAACAUUGUAUAAAAUAAUCUUUCACCCAAUGAAAAUUUUCUUAUCAUUGCACAAAUAAAGACAUUCUACAGGGUGUAUCAAAAAAAACUGAACAGAUUUAAAAUUGGUCUCAAUUUCGCAAAACAGCUAUUUGUAUCCGGUUUUUUAUAUAUAUAGCCUCUUUGGGUACUUAUAAUGUAGAAUAAUGAGAAAAAUUUCUCGAACUCAAAUUUUGUUAACCAGGGGGGGGUGUCUUUUGCAACUAACUAAAAAUGGCUCGCGCACAAAAUUUAAAAGCUGCAAUCAUAUUUUGAGUUAACAGAUGGAAAAUUUGUCGGGAUUUUAAUUACUGUACAAUAUUUCAGACAAUUUGGUUUAGUUUAAGCCCUUAACUAUUCACGCAAAGUUACAAUUUUCCCGAAAAAUCAGCUAUUUGCAUGCUUAAUUAAUGCAUUUGCCUAAUUUGCAUAUGUCAGCAAUAUGCAAAUUAGGUAAAGGCAUUAAUUAAGCAUGCGAAAGGCUGACUUUUUAGAACAAAAUGAAUAGUUAAAGGUCUUAAACUAAACCAAAUUGUCUGAAAUUUUGUACAGGAAUUAAAAACCCGACAAAUUUUCAAUCUAUUAACUCAAAAUAUGAUUACAGCUUUUAAAUUUUGUGCGCGAGCCAUUUUUAAUUUGUUGGAAAAGACACACCCCCCUGGUUCACAAAAUUUGAGUUCGAGAAAUUUUUUUCAUUAUUUUACAUUAUAAGUACCCGAAGUAGCUAUAUAUAUUAAAAACCAGAUACAAAUAGGUGUUUUGCGAAAUUGAGAGCAAUUUCAAAUCUGUUCAGUUUUUUUUGAUACACCCUGUAUAUUUGUUUUAUACUCUAAUACUGUAUGACACCAAUUAACAAUUAGUUGCCGAAGGUGAGGCAAUUACAAGCCUAUAAUCACCGAGUCUGAGGUGACUAAUUGUUUUAGUAGAAUUUCAGUAUGGUAUUGAAAAAGUUUUAUUUAUAAAUACAAUUAAUUUAAUACACAUGUUUAUUUUAUGAAUAUAGUUUGCAUAAAUAUUUUACUUCCAUCUGAUUUUCAGCCAUUUUUUUGAAAAAGCAAUAGUUACUGCUCAGAGCAGUCUGAGCAGUAGAUUGAUAGUAGAUUAAGUUUUUUAGUGGUAGGGGGCUAAAAUUUUAAAAUUAAAUCAAUUACGUUAUGACUUGUCAUUAAUUUAAAUGAAGUAGCGUCAUACUCAUAUUUUUUAAAGGAGUUCCUUACUGCAUGCUGUGCUGUAUGACAUGCAUUUUUUGUGCUUCAGUUCGCUGACUGCCGUAUUAGAUUAAAGUUCAUAGAUACAAGAAUCAAAUAUUUUAUAAUAAUUCAUUUUAUCACUAAAUAUUUGCAUUUGCCAUAAUUUUUUCUGCUGUAUUGUAAAAAAGAAAAUUAUGGAGGAAGAGCAAGUUUCAAAACUCAAUUGAAGAUUGAGUAUUUACUACCAUAUACCAGUAGUAGAAAUGUGCUUGUAAAUAUCCCUGGAUACUAUUUAAUUUAAUAAUAAUUAAUAGACUAUCAUUAAUUUUAAACAAAGUAUUAUUGCUAAAAAUCAUUUGAUGUAUAAAAAUCUAUUUAUUUAUUGUUAGGUUUGAGUUACCAGGUCUGCUUUCAGGCAGUCACAGAGCAACUGGAUUUGUACAGUCUGGAGGUAUAUUCUUUUUAAAUAGUAAAUACUACUGUAAAUACUGAUAACUUAGAUAAAAUAUCAAAGUGCACUGUACCCUAAAACCAAUAAUUGCACAGUAUACCUUUACAAUAUAUAAGGAUAUUAUUUAGUUGCAUAUUACUUGAUUUUCUUCAUUAGCACAAUUUACAUUUCUGAUUUCUAUUUACACAAAGUACACUCUACAGGUUAGUUUUAGUGACAUUUUCACUAGAAAUCAUACUGCUAUAGCUGCAUGGGUAUUGCAGGUAUUUUACGCUGAGUACAAUUCAGAUGAAUUCGCUGAAUUUAACUUGUAUAUACACUAUCCUCCAACUCCAUAACUCUGCUGUACUGUAGCUACAGAUUUAUCAGUUAUAGUAUUUAAAACCAACAAUCUAUUAGACGAAACUGCUUGACAUUUGCUUUCUGUAUAUAUCCAAUGCACAGCUUUGUAAAACUCAUGUGCGUAAAUUGAUGGUAUGUUUUUGUAAACUGGAAAAACAAUAGCUAUAGACAUGUGUUGAGCUAGGUGGCAAGAAUAUAAAUCAAGCGUUAUAGGUAGUAUUGUCUACCUUAUCUCUAACAAAGGUCUUGUUUCCUAAAAUGCAAUUAUACUAUUCAAAAUUUUGUAAACUAACCAAUUAUAUAUUUGGGAAACAUUGCAGUUGUGUCAUUAGCUGCUAUUGGUCUGAUGUGUGCUCCUGAAAAUCUCGAAUUCUACGUCAACUACCUUCACUCGCUAGAACUACCGCGUGCUCUAUUGGUUUCUACUAAAAUGCUUUUUGCUUGGCCUUUUAUGUACCACUUAUUGAAUGGCAUUCGACACUUGGUAAGAUCAUAUUAAUAAUACAUGCAUGGCGUAAUUUAUAUACUAGAGACGAAUGUUCCUUCUAGACAAACUUAAGCAAAGAAACGACAGUGUGUGUGUGUGUCUGGUCAUUUGUGAUAUAAUCUUGAACGGUCUGCGCCAGUGUAGUGCCAGUAAUAACAAAACUUGAUAGGGAUGCAACUACCUGAAAAAUACAAGGAGAACUUCGACGUUUUGAGGCCCUAUAUACUAUAAACUCCCGACGAAGGGCCUUCGCUCGAAACGUCGACGUUCUCCCACAGGGGGCCCCACUAUGAGUUAUGACUGAAAUAAUAUUGUAUUUAUUUUUAAAAACCUACUUGAAUCCCUUGAUAAUCGAUUAUUUCUUCUCUCGAAAUUCUGUAAACAUUUUAAACUGCUUGGAGUCAUUAUACUAUCACUCUACGUGACGUUUCAUGAAGUAUAGAUGAUCGCUGACAAGUAAGGACCGCGGGCGCGAAAAGACGAAGGCGGCGAAAGAAGGAAGAAUCUUACUUCUUUCGCUAACCUGAAGUUCAGGCCCUGUCACAGAAUAGGGCCUGUCCGGCCUGACACAAAACCUAUCUAAAGUGUGGGAUUCCCGUCCACCUGGUGGACGGGAAAUCUGAUUGGUUGAUCAGCAUCAUGAAGGAUUUUGAUUGGCUGCAAGUUCACAUAAACAACAGUUUUAAAAAUAGCUCGGUCAAGGCGAGAAUUAAUAUAAAGGUCAAACGCACGUAACAAAUUCCAUUAUCGAUUUCUUCGAAUUUCUUUCCUUUUAUGCUUUAUGGAAGAAAAUAAAUCAAACAAACAGUAUUUUGAAAGGGCUUCAUCAAAAUCUUUGACGAAUUUUGGACAUACACGACGCUGAAAGAACAGCCAAACUAGUCCUGUAUUCGAAAGCUUGUUGUUGACAGCCAAGAUGUUCUGCCCACUUGCUUCGCCGGCAAAAGUCUUAUUUUUAAUAUCAGGUCCUACCGGCGUUGUUUUCUGAGCUACAUCGCCUUCUUCGUGGUAUGAUUGAGAAUUUAAUUGUUGCUGUUAUUAGCCCGUUAGUCGUUAGAGUAUAUUCGCGUCCAGCAAGUUGAGACCUUGAGAAAGCUUGGCAGUCAAGCCGUGCACAGAACUGACUAAUUAAAUCUUUGUUUGCUGUUCGCCUGUUCGGUUAAAUAGAGAAACUGACUCUUAAUUAUAUAAAAGUACCUUGAAUUUUUAAGUUUAAUUAAAAAGCAAAAUGCUCUGCGGACAUGUUCAUGAGAAUAUAUAGACUUGCCACAAGUCGACCAUGGGAGAGGAAGGGCGCGGGGGAGGGAACACCAAAGAAGGGUCUGGAAAGGACUUUGGAAAGUCUAGAGAAUAUACUGUACUUUUUUUGUGUAACGAAAUCUACAACACUUGUCAAUCAUAUUGCAUGUGUGUCUAAAAAUAACAUGUGGGCGUCUCACGGUCUAGACAGGUUUUGUGUCAGGCCCUAUUUCAAAUUAGGGCCUGAACUUCAGGUUAUUCUUUCGCCGCCUUCGUCUUUUCGCGCCCGCGUUCUUAUUUGUCAGCGAUCAUCUAUACUUCAUGUAGAGUGAUAGUAUAAUGAUUCAAGCAGUUUAAAAUGUUUACAGAAUUUCGAGAGAAGAAAUAAUCGAUUAUCAAGGGAUUCAAGUAGGUUUUUAAAAAUAAAUACAAUAUUAUUUCAAUCAUAACUCAUAGUGGAGCCCCCUGUGGUUCUUCUUGUAUUUUUCAGGUAUAGUUGCAUCCCUAUCAACCGAAGUUUUGUCUGAUCAUUUGUCUGUGUGUACAAACCGUGAACUGAUGGAUCAUCCGUCAAGGCGAACUAAUUUAUCUGGGUAUAGUUUGUCUUCGGUAAACUUGUGUUAAUGGAUGAUCCUUAUAACACUAUAUACUGUUAGUACAUGUAGAAAGAGUAAUAUUAUACUGCAUGUGUAUGAAACACCAACCGCAAAGUUUACAAAAUAGUGAAGGAAUUGACAUCAUUCUGAUGCAUGUCUGAAGUCGCUUACCAUACUUAGUUCCCAGGUCGCUUACCAUAUACUUAGUUCGCUUACCAUACUUACUGUAGUCCCUUACCAUGAAGUCGCUUACCAUAUUGACUUUCCAAAUAACUGUACACUGCCAUGUAAGCCCCUUACUACAGAACUCCAUCAACUUAAUACCACUACAUUAAAACAGAGGAUUAGUAAUUUUAUUCCAAAAUUAAUGGUGACUAAUGUGAGAUCUUUGGCCCCUAAAAUAGACGAAGUCCGCGAAUUCAUGAUGGAAAAUGAGAUAAACUUAUCCUUUCUAACUGAAACUUGGCUCAAUGACUCAAUUACAGAUAGCGUUGUAAGCAUACCUGGGUUUACAAUCAUACGCAAAGAUAGAUCUAUAAACAACCAUGGCGGAAUCUGUAUUUAUAUCAGAGACGGUGAUACGAAACUCAAAAUCCUUUCAGAAAUUUCAUGUUGUUCCGAACACGAAAUCUUAUGACUUCAUUUAAAACCUAGACGACUUCCUCGUGAAUUUUCCUCAAUCAUAGUUGCCGUCCUAUACCACCCCCCCAGUGCCGACGAUUUCAGCAUGCAGAGUCACUUAUUUCAGACACUGAGCGAAGUCGAAGCAAAAUUUUACAGCUGCGGUAUUAUCAUUGCUGGGGAUUUCAAUCGUCUUAAUGUGAAUCAUAUAAUUAAGCACUUUCGGUUGAAACAAAUUGUUAAAUCACCAACUCGAGGCGAAGCAAUAUUUGAUCUAAUAUUAACUAAUAUGCACGAGUUCUACAAGUCUCCGCAAAUACUCCCUCCAAUUGGAUUAUCUGAUCACAACACAGUUGUAGUUUCACCCACUCACAUUGUGAAGAAAGCAAAACCUACAUUUGUAUACAAACGAGACCUUCGUCAGAGUAAGAAAGAUGCCAUGGGGAGAUUUUUGCAAUCAAUCCUUUGGCCUGAAAUUUUUGCUCAAUCACAAAGCUGUGAAGAUAUGGCGAAUUUUUUUUAUGACAUUGUAGCUAUUGGUCUUGACCUCCUCAUGCCAAUUAAACGGAUUAAGAAAAUCUCUGCAGAUGUUCCUUGGAUGACCGAUAAAUUGAAAACAUUUAUAAAAAAAAGACAAGAAGCCUUUUUCAGUUACGGUCCAAAAUCCAACUGCUUUAAAUAUUACCGAAAUAUUGUCAAUCGCGAGAGAAAAGCGUGUAAAUCAAAAUACUAUACGACCCAGGUUCACAGUAAAGAAAAAGAUAACCCUAAAGCUUGGUGGAGUGAAAUCAAACGCCUAGGAGGAAUGAAAUCAAUGAAUAGCUCCCUAAUAAAUUUGAUAAAUAUCGCUGGUUUUGAAGAUAUAUCGGAACAAGAACUAGCAAACAGAAUAAAUACAGCUUUUCUUGAGCCCUUAUCAGAAUAUCAACUAUCUUCACCGUUAGAGCGACUUAACUUAGAGGAAAACCCAGACUUCUUAGAAGUUUCUGAAGAAAGGGUUUUAUCACAGCUACAAAAACUCAACCCCAGUAAAAGUGGUGGCCCUGACGAAGUGCCCAAUUGGCUCUUGCGAGAGUAUGCUGUAAUCCUUGCCCUCCCAAUUAGUCUACUCCUAAAUGCAUCCUACAAACAACAACGCCUACCUGCAAUAUGGAAACUUGCGAAUGUUUCACCGCUGCCAAAAGUAAAAAUAGUACAGGACCUGAAAAAAGAACUUAGGCCCAUUUCAUUAACACCUAAUAUUUCGAAGGUUGCAGAGCAUUUCGUUGUUAAUGAUUAUGUGAAACCAGCUGUUUUGAAGAAAAUUGACCCCAAUCAGUAUGGAGCAAUCCCUAAAUCAUCGACGAUUUUUGCUCUUCUUAGUAUGGUGCAUAACUGGACCUCCGGGCUUGACGGUACCGGUUCUACAACUAGAAUCAUUCUAUUCGAUUACCAAAAAGCUUUUGAUCUAAUUGAUCACAGAAUUUUGUUCAAUAAACUACUUCAGUUAGAUCUACCACGAAGUGUUAUAAAUUGGAUUAUUGAUUUCUUAAGUAACAGAUUCCAAAGAGUCAAACUUUCACAAGGAUGUUUUUCAGAUUGGGGUGCAGUACCUUCGGGCGUCCCUCAAGGCACCAUUUUAGGUCCAUGGCUCUUUUUAAUCCUGAUAAAUGAUUUAUCUAUCACAGAUACUGACUUAUGGAAAUACGUGGACGAUACGACAGUAUCGGAAACAGUUGACAAAAACCAACAGAGUAGAGCACAGACAAUUGCUAAUGAGAUGUCACAAUGGUCCCAAAACAAUAAAAUGAAGCUGAAUGAAGAGAAAUGUAAGGAGCUCCGUAUUUCCUUCUCAAAAGUCCCUCGUGAUUUUAACCCGAUACUUAUUAACAAUAAAAGUAUUAGAGUCGUAAAAUCCGUUAAACUUCUGGGCUUGUCAUUCGAUAAUAACCUGACGUGGAAUCUACAUAUCGAAGAGGUAUAGUUAAAAAAGUAUCCAAACGAAUCUAUUACCUGAUCCAACUCAAACGGGCCAGUAUUCCUCGGAAUGAUCUGGUUCUAUUUUAUGUUACAUGUAUUCGAUCUGUUAUCGACUAUGGUAUCCCUGUCAUUUACUAUUCGUUGCCAAAAUACUUGCGUUCCGAAUUGGAAAGAUUACAAAAAAGAGCUAUUAGAAUCAUCUGUCCAAACACUAAUUACGAAGACGCUUUAAUUAGUUGUGGAUUGGAGUCACUGUCUGUUCAUCAUGAAAAUAUUUUUACUAGUUUAUUUCAAACAGUAGUUGCUGAUGAAAAUCAUAAGUUACGAAGUUUACUGCCACCUAUACAUACUUCUUUUUAUGAUUUAAGAAACAAUAGGAAAUUUGAAAUUCCUAGAUGUAACACUAAUCGUUUUCAAACUAGUUUUUUUGUGGCUUCGUGCCGCAAAUCAUUUAUCUAAUGCUAUUGAAAUGACCUAAUAUUUUUAAUAAUUUUAAAUUUUUUAGUAUAUUAAAGUAAUAAACAUCUUGUAUAUAUAAUAUUUAUAUGGAAUGUCAUCAUAAUGGCUUGAUAAACUCUUCUUUUAUAUUCUCGUAAUUAGUUAAAUUUACUUGUAAAAAAAUACGCAAUUCAGCCUAUGGCUGCGAAGUAUUUUAUUAAAUCUAUCUAUCUAUCUAUCUAUAUAUUUAGUUGCUUAUACCAUACUUAGUUCUGAAAUCGCUUACCAUACUUAGUCGCUUAUACCAUACUUAAUUCUGAAAUCGCUUACCAUACUUAAUUCGCUUGCAAAAUUUAGUUCCCACGUACAUAGUUCCCAACCUCUGGUUCUCAACAGAAACCGACUCCCGGCGAUUUUCGCUGUCUAUAUUGUCGAAACGUUUCUUGCUUUUGUAACAGUAAUUUUGCAUGGUAUUCUUCGUUUAAUAUUUCGAUAAUAUGACAAAAUCUCCAUAACUACUCUCCAUGCAAAGUGGCUGGAAAUGCCAUUUCAGAGGCUCUAAAUUUCCAAAUCUUCAUGGAAAUCGAUUGGGAACCAUGCACAUGCUGUGCAGUUGCAACUCAGAUUUCGUCUAUACUCUAUAGCUAAUCUUUUUAUAGGCAUGGGAUGUAUCAGCAAGAGGCCUCAACCAAAGUGAUAUGUACAGAACUGGCUAUCUUACACUUAUCUCUUCCUUCUUGAUAACUGGUGGAUUAAUCUGGUACUAUUGAUUCAACGAUAAGGGACGCCAAUCUUCAUAAAGAGUUAUUAUUAUAAAUUGAAUUUGAAAUUCGAAGUAUACAGUAUAACUCUCAAGGGUUAUAGUUCUGGAUUUCAGAGAGCGUGGACAGAUAUUUAAAAUAAUUUAGUUUUGCGGGAUUUGAAGUGGAUCCCGUCUUCAAAAUUCGAGGUAGCAAAAUUCUUAGGUUGCUUAUAAUGCAGUGUACAUUGCAUGAGUGUCUUACAACAAGCUGGUUAUUAACUGUUUUUCAUCAAUCCGCAUUUUGUCACCCGUUCAGAUCCUACUUGAUAUAUCAAAUAAACUUGGAUUUGGUUAGUAAAUAGAAUUGGCUUGAGGAUUGUAGGCGCUUCUAUUAUAUAUAUAGCAACAGUUUAUGUUGUGUAUUAUUUCAUAAAUAAAAGCGAAUUUUUGAAAAUGUUUCCAAGAUUUUGUUUCCAAGAGUUCAAGAAAACCAU